CUGCUAACCUGACCUGUCGCUCAGAGAGAUGCAGCAGAUGAGUUUGGACACUGAGAGAGCGACACACAGCGGGACAGUCAGGAUGCAGAUGGAGAGUCGAUCGAGGUCCUCUCAUAAGUACCUGCUGCUCCAGGUGUGGUGUGGUCUCCUCACUGUGGCUGUGGUGGUCAUGGCUGCGUUUCUCACUUCGAUCAAACCAAGGUCACCUGAGGACGGAGUCUCGACAAUGAAGCCCGACAACGUCAGUCCAACGAGAUCCUCUCCGUCAUUCAUCCAGCUGAUCAAGUCUGUGACCGAUGACUCUUGGCAGGAAGCCCCUCCGUGUCGCUCCUCCUCGCUCGCCCUGAGAAACAACUCCAUCCACUGCCAGAAAAACAGCCUCUACUUCAUCUACGCCCAGGUCACCUUCACCGUGCACCACAACACAAGCGGAGCCAAAUCUGUGAUUUUGGUUAGAAACCCGACGGUCGGUAGGAGAAAGAAGAAACUGGUUGUGGGAACCUUCCCAGGUACGACGGAGGGUUCUGUGUGGGUGGGCAAGAUCGUCCAUCUCGUGGAGGGAGACAGCGUCAGCUUGAAUAUCACAGAUGACUUUCUAAAAGACAACACAUUCUGGGGAGCUUAUCAACUCUCUUAACACAGCACGUCUCUGGAGUUUGCAGCUAUACAAGAGGAAAUAUUCUCCCCUGGACUGGUUUGAUGUUCGUAGCCGAUACCAGCAUUUAUCAACAAGAAUGGCUCAUCACCUGGUUUUCUGUUUUUUUUUGUUUUUUUUUGCAAUAUUUUGUGCCGGUUAUUUAAGUUUGAUAAUUUUAUACCAGAAACUACUCAAAAUCACAGAAUUCUGUCACGUUCAACAAGUGAAUCUUAUUUUUAGAGGGUAGUUCAGCCUUUUAAUUAUCUGGAACACUAAAAUGCUAAAAAGCUCCAUCAGGGUUAGUUCUGCAGGAGGUUUGGACUCGGACUGAGGCUAAAUCCAUACUACUACGUUUUACCAGUUUGGAAACGCUGCUGGUCCUGUUUUAGUUUUCAGGCACAUGCGGAGACGCUUUGCAAACGGUGGCAUGACGUAGCCUUUGCCGAAGAAAACAACGGGCAUGAGCCUUGGAUACCAGAGUACGUUGGACAUGGAUAAUCACUCGACAAGUGUAAACUAAUCCUUUUGCUAACAAGUGUCAGAGACAAGCUGUCAUUCAUGUAAUUCCUGUUUACACGGCACGUUCACGUGUUCUAGGGCCCGGUCACAGAUACACAAAGGCAUCAGUGGUGAACGCUGGCCUGCGCCCUGAGAGCCCUCGUCAGGACACAAACAGUUCUGGUUUUAAAAUGGCGUUUUCAAGCUAACACAUAGUAGCAUGGAUGUGGCCUGCGAUCUUUUUACACAAGGUCACAUCUUCACAUCCUUUGGAGGAAAAUAUCUUGAAAAUGAAAUUAAGUGCAUCAGUGCAACGCUAGUGGAGUCUCUACUUUUACCUGCUGGCUCCCAGUGCUGACAUUUGUGUGAUCUUGUAGUUUUCUGAGAUAUCUGCAUUUUAAUGAAUGUACUAUGAUUGUGAGGGUUUGUUGUGUGACUGCUCGUUUAAUGUAUGAAAUGUGAUAUUAUAUUGUGAUGGUUGGAUUUCUGUAAUAAAAAUUAGUAU